ACUCUGCCUGUCAAAAAAAAAAAAAAAAAAAAAAAAGACACUGGCCAGCAGAAAUAAGAGAUUGGGAACCACAUGUGUGUUUAACUGUUCUAGUAGCCACUUUCAAAAGGAAAAAGAAACAAGAGAAAUUAAUUUUAUUAGUAUAUGUAAAUGUAUCCAAAAUUAUCUCAACAUGUAAUCAAUAUACACUUUUUACUGAGAUAGUUUGCAUUCUUUUAUUGGGUAGGCUGAGAUACGGAAUCUUUCAAAUACAGCCCAGUAUCUAUUUUACACUUAUAACAUAGUUCAGCUGUAAAAUUGUCAUUAGAAAUACUUGAUCUGUAUUUGGACACAAAAUUUACAGUUGACAAAGUAGAUUCACAUACCCUAAUUAUUCCUAACAUACUUGAAAGUUUUCCCAAAACUGACUCCAUUGUUAGGUUUCAAAAUUUUUUUAUUGUUUAGUGUUUUUUUUUUUUAAGAUUUAUUUAUUUAUUUGAAAGAAUUACAGAGAGAGAGAGGGAGAAACAGAUCUUCCAUCUGCUGACUCCCUAGAUGGCUGCAAUGGCCAGGGCUAGGCCAGGCCAAAGGAGCUUCUUUUAGGUCUCCCACAUGGGCGGCAGGGGCCAUCCCUCACUGUUUUUCCCAGGCCGUCCAGUAGGGAGCUGGAUUGGAAGUGGAGCAGCUGGGACCAGUGUCCAUAUGGAAUGCCAGCAUCACAAGCGGCAGCUUUACCUGCUGUGCCACAGCAUUGGCCCUCCAGACGUCAAAUUCAAAUGGAUAAAAGAAGAUCUAGUUUCUCAGUCACAUCAGUCACAUUUCACAUGUUUGUUCACCUAAUGUACCUGGUGGGUGGGGUCCUCAAACAGCUCCUGUGCCUUAGUGACACCCACGUAGUGAGACCAACCUUGGCUCUUCAUUAUGUUAGAAGUUUGUGGAGAAAGGGAGGAUGUGAGUAAACCUCAUAUCCCCAUUUUUCUAAUAGUGAGACUGAGGCUUAGAAGGGCCAAACUGUUUAGCUGCAGGCACCCGUGGUAGAGCCAGCGCCAGAACUUCUGGUGCCCAGGCCAGCGCUCCUCCCACUCUUUCCCAAGGGCUCCACUUUCCCAGCAGGCCUCAGCAGGCGCUUGGUGUACAUGCCAGCAGAGAGCAGCAGUGAAAUGCAGGAUGAGCGUGCUAUCCCUGGACUUCUGUACCCACACUCUGCCAACCUGAUUCUAGUUGUCCCUACAUGGUCAUGGCACAUCUGGAGGUAGGCUUUGACCAGGAAGCCCAAAGGGCAUUUUCAUGCACUGCUCCUUAGCGGCUCUGGGAGAGCCUGGGCCCUGCACAGUUGUGUGCUGUCCAGGUGUACGCACUGUGCACUCCAUGGGUUUGCAGCUGUAGCCAGAGGGGCUCCAGCAAUGCUUUCUGCCUUGUGCCUGACCUGGGCCCCAGUGUCUUACCCUCAAACAGUGACAGGGGAAGAAAGACAGGAUGAGCAGGGGCUUCUCCCCUCCCAAACCAAAAAUUCCAGCUGUGAGAGUCCAGCCCUGCCCUGUGGAGAUUGGGACAAUUCUCCCAGAUGGGUCAGCAGACAUAGCAUUGUACUUGGGGCUGCUCUCUGCUCCUGAAAUUGCAGAGAAGUAGGGAAAAGGUUUUGAAAAUAGUUUUUCCUCCCUAGCUUGUAUGCUCAGAAACUUUGAUUUGUGUUAGAGCUGUGAUUGCUCAUCUCUGGGGAUUCUGACAAUGCUGCAGCUCAGGGAAGCCAACUCCACAGCCCACUCUCCUCGUUCCUCUCACCUGGAACAAAAAGCCGAGUCUGAAUCCUCAUCCUAGAGCCCCAGCCUUCAUGAUUUGGCCAUGUUGCUUUCCAGAAGGUUUCAGGAAGACUGGUUAUGCAAGUGACACUUCCUGUUUACUCAGUUUUAAUCAUUAAUGGCUGAGGAUGGUGAAUUGUGAGCACGAAAGUGUUCUAAUGUCAUUUAUUUGAGAUGGUUUACUCUCAUGGCAGUGCACCAAACAGCUGUAGCAAUUUACACACGAGGAAUUGAACCAGGGCCUCUCAGACCCCAGCAGAUGACUGUUCUGCAUGUGAAGUGUCAGGAGCCUGAAGUUUGGGCUCAAGGCAAUGCUUAUGAUUUGAAGAAAGUGUCAACUACUGAGGUGCCUUUCACCCGUCCUGGGGGAUGUCAUCCACUCUGAUGGUUUCUGUCAUCUGCUUUGGGUUGGAAACUCCCGGAUCUACCACCGGCUGAGAUCAUUCCCUACACUCCAAAACCCUACGUUCAGAUGUCCACUCAGUGUCUCCUGCUCUGCCACUUUGCAGAUUGCCUGAAGAGAGCAUGUCAGAAAUGCUCAACCUGUGUGUUCUGCAGUGUUCUCAUUCCCCUAGUGAUCUCUCCUCCCUCCGUUGGGCAGGCCAGAAACCUGGGUUGUCUUUUGACUUUGCCUUCCCCUUAACCUCUGGCAUAUGAGACCCUGCAAGAUCUGGCUUGUGCUUAGCCCCGCAGCCUGCUCUCUCAGCCCUCUGUCUGGAUCUUGAGCCAUGCCAAAGGUGCCACAUUUUACUAACCUGCAGGUUUCUGCUGUGCUCUUCAAUAUUUAUCAGUCCAGGCCAAAGCCAGGAGUCUGGAACUCCAUCCAGGUCUUCAAUGCUUGUGCCAUCACCCACUGCUUUCCCAGGUGUAUUAACAGGGAGCUGGAGCAGAUAUGGGACAGCCAGGACUCAAACAGGCGCCCAGAUGGGAUGCCUGCAUCUCGGUAGGGAGUUUAACCUACUGUGCCACAAUGCUGGCCCCACCACUGUGUUCUUGUCCCCCCUCCCUCAUCUUCUCAACUACUGAAGAUUAGAGGCAUGCAUUGCCAGAGUCUGCGCAGCUGGCUAUAUUUCUCUCAUGACAUUCAUCAUACUCGGUUGUCACACUUGCUGUGGGAUGGCCUUGUUCACUGUUCUCUCCCCUGUACUGAUAGGUGCCCAGUAAAUAUUUGUAGACUAAUGGUUGACCUGGAUGGAGAAAUGUGUGCCUAGUACCUUGCUAGGUAAAUGGCCUACGUUAUCUCAUUUAACAAGAGGAGAAUCAGGGAGACUGUUUAGGAAGUAGAUUUGGCAAAAUAUUGGGAGAGACAGCAGGUUGGCUGAAACUGGAUGAGAGUGAUGAGGGAGUAGGGGAUGUGAGCCACAGUCCACAGGACUUGCUGAGGGCUUGAAUGGGGAACAGGGGAGUCGGUAGGAUGGAACAAGAGGCGGCAAGGGAACUGCUGAGUUUUUGGCCAGAGUAACUCCUGAGAAGGGAGUGGAGGGUAAUCGGUGUGUGUGGAUAAGUUUGUCAGGAGGAGAUUAAGAGCUGUUUCUGAUAGGUGUUCAGCUUGCUGUGCCAGGUGGACAUGGAUAUAUCAAUCUAGAACCCUGUAAUAAGAUCAAGCAAGGCUAGAGUUCCUCAUUUAGAACCCCCCAAAAGUCCCUAGGCCAGACCUCUGCCAACUGAAGUCUUCUAGCUUCCUGACUCGCACAGCACGUGGCCGCAGAGGCAGGAUUGGAACCCAUACCCACCAACUCCAGCACUGCCUGCUGAGCCAUGACACAGGAGUGGUGUUUCCAGUCCCCGCUGCUGCCCCGCUCAGCCACCUGUGGUGUACACGGCUCCAUGCCAGCCUUAGGAAUUGUUCUGAAUUUGAAGUAUGCUGUUCUUACAGAUUUGGAGCAUACGUAGGGAUAAUGACUCUUGUUGUUUCUCACCUAAGUUGAAUAAGCACCCUGCGCACUUUAAUUUCCUGGUGGUGCCAUCAGGCUGACUGAAGACAGGAGUUUUGAAAUCGCAGCUAUAAAGACAUCCAGCCAAAGUCUCAAUCUUGCCUUAACAAUGUUACAGAGGCUGAAUAAAAUGUUUAUGGGUGAAGUCAAUGCUUCUUCCAACCAAGAGCCAGAAUUCAGUGAGAAAGAAGAUGAUGAGUGGAUUCUCGUUGACUUCAUAGACACUUGCGCUGACCUCUCAGCAGAGGAAGAGGAAGAAGAAGAGGAAGAGGAAGAGGACCUCAGUGAGGAGUCACCUGCUGAGCACGCUUCUGUCUUCUCCUGUUUGCCUGCAUCGCUUGAGUGCUUGGCUGACACCAGUGAUUCCUGCUUCCUCCAGUUUGAGUCCUGUCCAAUGGAGGAGAGCUGGUUUAUCACCCCGCCCCCAUGUUUUACCGCAGGUGGGUUGACCGCUAUCAAAGUGGAAACGAGUCCGAUGGAAAACCUUCUCAUCGAACAUCCCAGCAUGUCUGUCUAUGCUGUGCAUGCCUCCUGCCCUGGGCUCAGCGAGGCCAGCUGCGGCACCGAGGGACUGCACGAUCCCACAGGCCCCAGGUGUGUUCCCACGACUUUACUCUCCAUGGGCAGUCUGCUGAGGGGCCAGGAAAAGCUGCUAAUAAGACUCACGGACACAGAAGUGGAAGCUCAGGAGGAGGUGGAGCAGCACACCCACUGCUAUGUGGCAGCUCUCGCUGCUCACACAACUUUGCUGGAACAAUCCAAGAGCUUUCGCCCUUCCCAGUGGAUAAAAGAGCACAGUGAAAAACAGUCUCUGAACAGAAAUAGCCUUCGUCGCCAAAAUCUUACCAGGGAUUGCCACUCUCGGCAAGGCAAGCACAGUGGCUGGGUUGUUCACCAGCCCUGCCCGCGUCAGUACAAUUACUAAGAUUUGCAAGAGUCGUUGCUUGGUCUCUCUCAGUUUGUGCAUGUGUGUGUGGAUGUGCGUAUCCGUGCAGUGGGCACGCUGUCUCCACAGCCAGUGAGGACCGAACACUUCGUUGCAUCAGUGUGUUUGGACACUCUGGAAAACCUGAUUUAUUUGUUGGGUACCACAUAAUGCCUUGCUGUUAACAUUUACUUUUUUGUAAAUUUUCUCAGAAUAUUUUUGGAAACAUAUCAAUACAGUGUUUGUUGUUUGGGGAUGUCUUUAAAUCUAUUGAGGUGUACAUGAGUUAGCAUUUUAAAGACAUUUCUUCCCAAGUAUAAGAAUAGGCAUCUUUUGGUUUCAUUUUAUUUUGUAUUACUUAAUCAAUCUUUUGAGUAAGCAAAAAUCUAUUCUCAGGGUCAGCCAUACACUUUAUUGACCAGUACUUGAUAAUCUCUUGUGUAUAUAAUGAACACAUUUUUACACUAACAUGAGCAUUAACAGGUGAUAGUUGCCAUGGAUAUAGUGGAAUUGUGGCUGGACUUUGUUUUGAAAGAAAACUUGAUAUAUUCCGUGUGUAUGGUUUUCGUUUUGUUUUCCCGACUGGUCAUGCCGUUCAUUUUGGAAUUCAGGUACAUUAGGCUUUAGUGAACAGUCCUUUGAGUCCUUGCUGUGUGACUAGUGCCGUGGGACAGGCAUCGCAGAGGCCCCACGUGCAGAGGGGUUACCAAAGCCCUGUCAAAGAAUAUGCGGAAAACUCGUGGCCCCGACGGACCCCUCGGCUAGCGUACAAGCUGCUUCUGUUCUUUCCUGCCGGCUCUGCCAGUUCCGCCUCGUGUGAGCUCUGCUGUGCGGGCGCCUGUGACGCCAUUUCUGUGGGGGAGGGGAUGCGCACAAGAAAAGCAGGAGGCUUUAUUUUCGCAGACACGAGGGCCAGCCCUCUGCCAAGCGGCAGGCGAGGGCGGCAGCAGGUGUCUGGGGAUGGCUUUCACAGCACCGAGGCCGGAACCACAGGCUGGCUUCCGUGAGUGCUCACGUUAGCCCUCACUUCAGCAAAAUCUCCAACCACUCUGGCCCCCGCACCCACACCCGGCGCCGCUGCGGGCCCUCACACAGGUGAAAUGGGGCUGUGCAGACCGAGCCUGUGCGAACUUCCAAGGCCUUUCUACUGACUCCAGUGACGGCGGGGCGCUGCCACUACUGUUCCCCACAGCGUUGGUGCUACUGUGGCCAGAGUGUAGGGGUCCCCUCGCGCGCAGGCGCAGGCCACUUGACUUGACACAGAAAAGUCGACUUCCUUAUCUCUAGCCACUCUCUUCACGUUGUAGGGGUGGUGGGGGUCUUGCUGAGCCAUCCACACCCUCGCUGGUGCCCUCUGCAACUCACCAGACUCGUGCCUGGUCCACUCUGCGGAAGGCCCCUAGCCUCGCCUUCCCAGUCCCGCAGCUUGUGUGUCCGAGUCCUGGGCUAUGAAAUGUCUACAAGGAAAAAGCAACAUGGCCUCGGGCAGGACUGAGUGCCUCAGCAGCUGUGUAGCAGCCUGCUGCAGGCAGCCGGGGCGCCCAGGCCGGAGCUGGCCCCAGCCGCUGUGGAGCCGGCCCGGGCCAAACGUGUGGACACCCGCUGGUUCUAGAUUCUUCCACUGGCCAUGACCGAGUGCCAGGAUGCCUCUUUAGAACAAGAGGCUGGAUCCCCUGCCCCUUUCUCUGUUGACUUCCCCUUUAUUUAUUUGUUUUCUAAUUAGGGGCCAAGAUUGUAAAGUUUUGUUAAACUGAGUUAGAAGUUAGUUUGUUACUACGUGCGUUUACCAGAGGUGGGAGAUGAGGUCAAGUUUUCCUGAAGGUGUGUGUUUCACACCCGCUGUUCUGGGCCAUAGGCUGGUGACUUGGAACGGAAGGUGUGUGUUUCACACCCGCUGUUCUAGGGCUGUAGGCUGGUUGGUGACUUAGAAACGGGCCACUCACCUCUUCUGAGGGGAACCCGAGUGCCUGGCGUCUCUGUGCGCAUGUGUGCUCAGUGCCUCACCAGCUACAGAAGUUCAGCCGUGAGAAUUUGUUUGGCAGCAUGAACAGAUUUGUAUAUAAACAUGCAGUGGUCUUUUUUUUUAAUACAAUAUUUUCAAAUUUCCUGAUACCUUAAAUAUAUUUACAUCUGUUACUCACUGACUUUGUUGGCCUAAAGGCCCUGCUUUUCUAUGCUUUAUUCCUAGAAAACAAAAAACAUUUAGACAUUGGGAUUUCCUUUCAGGAUUAGGAUUACCAGGCCCCCUGUGAUAUCCUCCCGUGGUUUCUGUGUCAGUGUGUAAGGUUUCUGUCAAAUGUAGGAAUGGAAGAAAAUGGUUACAUCAUUCAGUUGAAGUUCUCAGAGUUCAAGAGAUGUUUGUUAGGUGUCUACUGCAUUGAAAAGACAUAAGGCCAAUAAUAAUACAGAAUGAUGUUGACGUGUUAACUAUUCUUGAACAAUGGCCAAAAUACACUUUAUUAUGGGUUUAUUACUUUUGCUGUUGUAAAUACUAGUGGUUUACAGUGCGCUUUAAUGCAUAGUCCUUAAGAAUGGGCGCAGUGAGCAAUGAGAGCCCUCUGAAUUUCAUAGCGCUCUUUCUGAACUGGUAACGGAGCCUGGUAUUUGGAAGAAGCCUGGAAUAUGUGGGCACAUAAGCAGUGCUUAGCGGAUGAGUUUCUUAGCUUUUACAGGACACUGUGCUUCUGAGAGUUUGUGUUUUUGUUAAUGAAACACUUUCUGCCAGUCCUCUGUUUAUUUUUCUUUCUCAGCUGACUGAAUUACAUACUGCACAUUACUGCACGGUGAGCUGAAGACGGCCAUCCGCUCGCCUUCCGUGGCACUGCAUUUAUAGGCUUGGCUGGGUGGAGGAUUUUUUUGCAGAAGAUGCGAAGUGAUAGGAUUUUUUCUCCUAUUGCAGGGAGCUUUUUACCCUGUUAGUUUCCUGUCCCUGUUUUCAGCUCCCCAGCAGUCUGCUGUGUUUACACACUUCCUUUGCUGUACCAGUGCUGUGACUCAAGGUGAACACAGUUCACUUAAAACUUGACAGGACUGUUCAGCAUUGCUUGUUUUUGCUUCUCGCACCUGUAUAGUACACUGGUUUGGCAUCUACGUCUUCGUGGAGAUCUUGAGUUUCUGUGCUGUUUCUCAUCCUUCUCGAGGAAAUGUAUUAUCUUUAGAUCCUCUCAAGAAAAAACAAGGGACUUUCUUAUCCUUAUUUCCUUUGAGUUGGAAAAAAAAUGCAGGACUCCAACUGGAAGGGUACACAUGUACAUUUAAAUAGGUUGGAAGGAAAAGUUGGGGGCAUUUCCAGGGUUAUUUUUUGCUUUUAGAAUCAGCUAGAAGACUGCUCCUAGUACUGGGAGAUACUAGUACAUGUUUGUGAUGUUACCUUAAAAUUACCUGCUUAUUUUACGAGGCCCAUGGAUGCCAGGUAAACACUUUGAAAAGCUAGGCCUCUAUCAUGAUGGUUUCACUGCCGUCCGCCUUGCUGAUAGAUUAUAAAUGGCAUCUCUCCUUAUUUUAAUGCUUACAGUUUUAUGUAAAAUGCUUUAUUUAGGAAACCUACACAGUACUCAUACAGUAGGGUUAGCCUUGCCACGCUCUGGUAUCACUUGAAAGUUGACACCAGUGGAGGUGGCCUCAGGUUGAGGAAAGCAAACAGAUCAGGAGAUCUGUUGUUAGUAGCUGUGCCCUUCCUGUGGGAGGAGUUACCGUUCGAGGAAGGCAGCUUCAGUGGAUAAUGUUUUGUAUAUCAUUGAGAAUUUUCCUUAGGACAUUUUUAAAAAUUGUUACAUGUUCAGUGCUCAGUUCUCUGUAUCUGCCUGAAGUUUUAGAAUUUGUUUUCUAGGUGGACUUAUAAUAACCAAACCAGUACUUGGGGAGGUGAGAUGUGUGCGUUUAGGCUGGGAGUGUAUGAGUGGUUUUGUUUGCCUUCUGUAUGUGUUUUCCUCCAGAGGUUUUGAACUUCAAUCCAUAACUGUGUUAUUUUUUAAGUGGUUUAUUUUGUUGUUGUUAUUGUUUUUGGUCAAGCAAAAUUGUGGACACAUUUGCUUCUCAAGGGUGGGGCCAGGGUUACAGAGACGGAAGAGUAUUGGAGAUAUACUAUGUGCCUUCUCAAUGUGUUUCUGGACACAGAUUUUUUUUUAUCAACUUGAAAACUAAAAAGGGACAUUUGGUUAAGUUAUAUACUGUACAUCAAUCUAUGCAUAAAUGGCAGCUUAUUUUCUUGAGCCACUGUCUAAAUUUUUUUCUGUUUUUAUAGAAAUGUUUAAUACUAAUUGGUUCAUUGAUGGUCGAUUUUAUACAGACUGAACAAUACAGCACUUUGCCAAAACUAAGUGUAGCAUUGCUUCAAUACUGUGUAUUAACACCAGUUCUCUGUACUGGGUUCAGCAGUGCACUUUGCACAACCUGGAGUUACGGUUUGUAAUCUGUCAGUUAAUAAAAUGUCCUUUAACUUCA